GGCUCCCCGGCCUGGGCGUGCUCGCCGCUCGCGGCGCUGGGCCUCCACGCUGGCCUGCUGCUGGGCGGGGAGCGGGCGCGCCACCUGUCAGGAUCAGCCUCGACCGCAACCGUGCUGAUCAUCGUUGCCAUCCCCGUGGUGCUCCUCUGCAUUCUCUUUUCCUGCUCGCGCGCCGGAGCGCGACGGGACGAGGGCAUGCCGCCUUCCCACCACGGCGGCGCCGCCGCCCGGAACCUGCUGGAGCACCAACAGCCAUCCAAGAGUCGAUCCCCGCCGGUGGUCGGCACGCCCCCCCGCACCCGGGCGCAGCCCAGCCCCCCGGCGCAGCCGAGCCAGUCGCGCUCCCCGGCGCCUUCCGUCCAGGCCCUGUCGCCGGCGCCGCCUCCCGCAGUUCCGCAGCCCGCGCCCGCGCCGGCCGCUCAGCUGCCGAAGUCUGCACCCGUGGCCGCUCCUCUGCGGACGUCGCCCCGCAACGCCGCCGCCGACGACGGCGGCAUCCCGAUCCUCUGCCGGUCCCUGGUGCUGCCGAACCUGGAGUCGUGCUUCAACAUCUCCAUGGAGGCUCUGUCCAGCCGACGCUCUGGCAACAUAACGAUCAAGGGCGCGUCCGCGAGAGCGCUGCUCGAGUCCUCCAUCGAGGAGAACCAGUUGACCAUGCGCUCGCUGGGGAGCGACGCCAAGCCCCGCGUGACUAUCACAAGGGAGGGGCGCCAGCUGAAGAUCUACGGGCGGGACGAGAGGCUUUUCGGCACCCUGGAGCCCGUCAGCGGCCCCAACGACUUCGCGCUGCUCGUGGACGGGCAGGUGAAGAUGAAGGUGCUGGCCGAGCCCGGCCCGGAGCUGCACUUUCGGGCCUUCGCCACGAGCGGCAGGGCGGUGGCGGCGGCGGGGAGCUCCGGGGCCGAGUGGACGCUCCAGGUGAAGGCCAACGUGGACGCGAUCCUCAUUGCCGCGUGCAUGCUGAGCAUGAUCUUCUUUGCUCCCACGGUCGCCGCGGCAGCGCCGAAAGGGGCCGCGAAGUCGCCCGCGUACGUCUCGUCGCGGUCCCCUCCUCCCGCCGCCAUGCGGGCGCCUCCGGGCGGGUCGACGUCCCCGAGGCCUGCGGAGCGGCCGUGAUGGCCCAGAGGGCGGGCGAGACGGCGGCAGUCCGCGGGGCAUGCUGGGGUCUGCUGGGGCACUUCACGCCCGGCUGCUUAGAUUGCAGGAGCCAGCGGGAAAAUAAGCGUGUGUAGCUACUCUGAGCAGCAAGAUCUAUCAGGAAGGCUCGGGCAAGGAGGACACCGACAGAAGGAAGGGUCCUCACGUUUGUGGAGGGGCGGCAGCCCAAAUUCCACGCUGGUGCAUGUUGGCCACUUCCUUCUGCCACCCUUCCAUUGGUCCAGCCCAGACCAGGCGUUGCUUCAGACAUGGGAGCCGUCUGCAUCCACGGUCUGGAAUUCAUCAAGUGCUUGCGUGCAGCAAGCCUGGAGCUCGUUAUGUUUUUUCCCGCUGGCAUGCGACGUGGAUUUCGGAAGCCACCUCGAUGGAAAAGUGCUUGUUGUUGUCGUUGGCGCCAUGCUCUGAGCAGGAGGUUUCAACGCGUUGUUCA